AUUUAGAAGGCGACGUCUCUAGCGCGCGAAACAUCACAAUUUAAUAGCUGAGCUCAGCUUAAUGUUUGUGAGCAUAUAUCGCUGACGUUGCUUGAGGGACAUCAUUUCAUCAUAACCUCAAGGUUUUUGAGUUCCAUCCAUUGAAACGGCGAUACGAAAAUUGCCUUUAUUUAGUCAAGCCACCGCGAAGACUCCGUAGAUUGCCGGCGGUCAAAUAAAAUCAGUCAUGGAUGAACCAGCAGUAGCCGAACCUCUCCUCGCCGCAGAAGAUGGCAAAACUAAUCCUAGCGAUUUUGAGGUAAAGAUUUGUCCCGAUGAAUGCGAAACGAAUGGUGAAAUAUCCGCGAACGACACCGAUGAUGCUAAAGAUGGCGCCGAUGACAGGUUAGAAUUUGCAAAAGCACGGUGAUGCUUUGUAUAAAAGGUCUUUUGGCACGUGUAGUUUGCCUCGAGUGUUUUGUAAACAGUGGUAGGAGGAAUCUGCGCCCUUAUUUUCGAUUCACGCGUGCAGAAAAGAACUGAUAAAUUUAUGAGGGUAAUGUACAUGAAUUUCUUGUAUUUUAUAUAUAUCAAAUAUUCCCAGCAUACGAGUAUAUCCGUUGCAUUGCCCCAAUGCGCGAAAAUAUUUAGCUAUUUUUAUUGUUGACAAACCUAAAAAAAAUACUGACGGAUAAAUGCGACGGCUAUUGCCAUCAUAUUUCAUAUCAAGGAAAGCUAAGAACAGUUACUUUAGCUUUUAAUAUUCCAUGGAAUGUUAAAUGCUGAAGUCUCUUACAAAGUAUAUUCGCUCGUGGUUCAUGUUUUAGAAGUGACACGUGCUUUUGUUGCGACCGUGUGUUUUAGUAUUUGCAAUUUCAAGAGGACAUGAUUUUUGUAACGUUAAGCAAGUGUUCCUGUUUUUGCGAGCUAAAUUUGGAUAGGCAUCUUCGAUAUCUGAAGUCUACUGAACCACCUUCGAACGAAGAAGAACGAACGAGAGUUGUUUUUAGUGACUUCAUUGCAUUGCGUGAUUUUUACCUUAUCAUGAAAUAUUUAAAAAAGAUCACUUUCCGAUGACGUGACAGGUUAAUAAUCUUUCGUUGUAACUAAAAUUAGUUACCCGUCAUGCAAAUUAUUUGCAUCACACGGGUACAUCCGUUGCAUUACCCUAAUGCACGCAAAUUUUUAGCUAUUUUUAUUGUUGAUAAACCUAAAAAGCAAUACUGACGAAAAAAUGCGACGGCCAUGCCACCGUGUUCCAAGUGAAUCCGUCCUUUCAUAUCAAAGAAAGCUAAGAAUUAAAAUGCUGAAGUCUCUUACAAAAUAUAUUCGCUCGUGGUUCAUGUUAAGCGGCAUGUGCUGUUGUUGUGACCGUGUGUUUAAGUAUUUGCAAUUUCAAGAGGGCAUAAUUUUUGGAUGUUAUAGAAAGCGUCCCAGUUUUUGCGAGCUAAAUUUGGAUAGGCAUCUUGAAUAUCCGAAGUCUUUUGAAACACCUUCGAACAAAGAUGCCAUCUAGUGAAGUUCCUCCUCCUUUGCUUUAAUUCGUGUAAAAAGUAAAACACAAUCUUCAACUUGCAAACACAGAAGUAUCUUCUGGAAAUGUCUACAUGAUACAGAAUUGCUGUACUCUUUUUUUAUUGUAGUUCAUGUUUUCAACUGCAUGCUGUACUCUGAACGUAUGUAAUCCAAUAAUUAAACUCUAUCGUAAUCACUUCAAAAACACAACAAUUUGCUUUAAUUGAAAAGAAGCUAUUUGGUCCAUAACGAAGAAGAAAGAAAACAAGGAAACAAGAAAGAAAAGCUAACAGAAGCAUUACAAAUGACGGUGGAAAUGACAAGAGGGUCGAAUUAUAACUUGAACCCACGAGACUGCACACAAACAAAGUCACUGCCGAAACUGCGAAGCAGCUCUAAAUGAAAAACCUACCAACUCUCCGCAAUGAUCCUUUGUUCGUCGUUCAAUUUAACAUUUCAUAGUUUCAAAGACAAGGGCAAUUUUGCUGUUUACGAUAAAGAUUGUGGAAAUUUUUGAACUCCACGCAAGCAUGCCAGGCAGUAAUUAUGCGAAUGUUUGGACAAUAAACCGAUCAGAAUCACUACCCGGUUUUCGCUAAGCGACGUUAACGGACGGCGUUAAACGGCCGGUUUAUUUAGACGUUGCUCAGAAGAGAAAACGAUUCGAAGUAAUCUCUGAAAUUCAGGCUACUUUGAUUCGUCUUUUUAUGCUCUGUUGAGGUGUGGAGGACGGUAACAGCUGGCUGGGUGCUUCUUUCUUAUCAGGGGUGUGGAAGACGGUGGAUGUGUGGUUCUCUUCUGAUAAAGUGAGAAGGUUGGUGGAGGCUGGACUGCAUCUCCUUGUACAUGUUCGAAGACUGUGUAAACACGGCGUUUAUGGUUUGUUCAGGCAUGCGGUUGGGUCGAGGCCUGGUUGCUUCCCUCCGUUUGGGUCCCGUGCGGGCAUGCUGUUGGCUAGAGGCCUGGUUCCAUCGCCCUGUUGGGGUGCUUCGUGCACUGAAGGCCUGGUUGCAAAUUAGUUUUCCGCCUUAAAAUCUUCUCAACUCGUCCGCGUAGCUGACAUGUUCCGUUUUCCAAGUUAGUUUCCUCUAUUGGGUAAGGCCCCAGCCACUUAUCUUGGAUUUUGUGACCUUGCUUUGUCUUUUCUGAAGCAUGUUGCGUCGCAGCUCAACAUCUCCCUUCUCAAAACUCUUAUUUAGGCCUGCUUUCCUCUUUCGUUGCUGCCUUGUUUUGUUUCCCCUGAGCUAUGGUUAUGUUGCGUUCUAUCUUGGGAAACUAUAACAUUUCUUGUCGUGGCUAUCUUGUCUAUGUACUCUUGCGAAGCAUCCUCCUUUCGGCAUGCUGCACAAAUUUUUUAACGUCGAAUAGUAGCCGUGUUUGACGACCAAACACUAUAAAGGAGCUAAACUUGGUCGUGCUUGAGACAUUGGUGUUAGUGGCAAAAGAGGGGGCGUCAAUCAAGUCAUCCCAGUCGUUCUCGUUUUCAUCCAUGCCCUUCCUGAGAAUGCCCAGCUAUUGUUUUCGCGCGGGAAGUGAUAUAUUAUCAUUAACUUUAGUUUCAGUAUACCCAGAUCCCAUCGGCUGUAAAAUCGGGAAAAAAAACGUAAGGUGAAAAGGAAAACGGUGGAAGGAAAGUCUCCUGAUUUUACCUUGGUCCCCCUUUAUUUUUCACGGUGACUUACGAGACUCGCGGAAAUAUGACACUUUUAGCUCGAAGCUAGCCGUUUUAUUUGAUCUACUCGAUAAAGGGUUGACUCCAGAAAUCAGUGGAGAUAGACGCUGCUAGUCAUGGGCACCUGUCCCUAAUGAUAUGUGUUCCAUAACCGGGAAACACAUAUCCCCAGUGAUAUUUGUUCCCCUUUUUGGGGAAACACAUUUCAUUAGGGAUAUGUGUUCGGGGGGACACAUAUCACUGUAACGUCACAGUAUCAGUAGCUCCUGGCCUAGUCUUGACGCACGAGAAAACAACACCAUACAUGCACCGCGCUGUUUCUAUAAUAACAAUGUCGGAAAAUUUUUCUUAAACCACCAGUAUUAUCGAUGCAAGAAAAUGCAAUCUCAAAUAGUGUUUGUUUUCUGCAGGCUUUAAUUAAAUUUAGCGAGGAAAGUACACUGAAAGGGUUUGAUCACUUGUGUUUCCCCGAAAACGUAUCCGUAGUGACGUGUGUUCCCGUCUAGGGGAAACUCAUUUCAGUAGGGAUAUGUGUUCGGGGAAACACAUAGUCCGGGGGAACACAUAUCGCUGUAACGUCACAGUGAUAUCUGUUUCCCCGUGAUAUGUUUUUCCCCGAACUCACAUCCCUAGUGAUACGUGUUUCCCUACCCGGGAAAGACAUAUCUCUAGUGGUAUGUUUUCCUGGGUAGGGGAGAUACAUUUCAUUGGGGAUAUGUGUUCGGGGAAACACAUAUCACUGUGACGUCACAGUGAUAUGUACUUUUGUUCCCCCGUCAUAGUUACCGUUACUAUUGACACUAUUUGCAUUGCGUGCAAAUUUCCAACAUUAGGCUGAAAGCAGCCCAUUCCCGUAUACUUAAAAAAAAAAACAACUUUAUUUUCUUAACUUUUUUAGUAACGACAAGAGAAAGGAAGAAGCAGAAGAAAAACCACCCAUAGUUUCUUUUGGCCAACUGGUAAGUUAUCGAACUUUCUUUCAAGUAGAGAUUUUUAAUUUCGAUCAUUGGUUGAACGAUUCUCCGACAGAAAACUCUAUCGUGAAUUCUCGCGACUGCCCGGAAUGGAGAGCUUGCUCAUAGGCUAAAAUCUAACCAGCAAACUUGAUUAUGAACUGAUGAGGAGAGAAUUUCCGUUCGGCAAUGGCUUAAAUAACUUUUAUCGAACUGUCAUAACGAAAAAAACACCCGCUCAAAUGAUAUUCACAAGAUUCUUAAGCUCAUCAGUUUUGUCAGCAACUGUCGCUUUGUGGUGGUUUGACGGGACUUGUUUUUGAAAAGUGAAUCAUGUUUUAAAACGAUUCAGCCAUUUGUUUGAAUAAAUCCUGUCUUGUCCCAGUACCAUUUUUGCUCUUCAGUAGGGCUAGCUGCAAAUUGCGUAUUGCCUCACUUUUCCCGGCUUAGGGAUGAUAAAAAUGAGCGAAUUAGGCGAGCACGUGACGCGUGGAGGGAAGAGAGAUGAUUUUUUCGAAGGCAGAGUUCCGAUUCGACUACGAGUAGUCCCUGUUUUUGCUCAGGGAUAGAAAAAUGAGUGAAUUAGGGAGCGCGUGUGAAACUCACCAACCGCGAGGAAGGUGACACGUGGAGGAAAGAGAGAAUUUUUUGAAGGCAAGUACGGUUUCGACAACGAGUAGUCCAUCAUUUUCCUAAGAGGUGGUAAAAUGAACGAAUUAGGCGAGCACGCGUCAAAAUAGCAGCGCGCGAAGAAUAUGACUCGCGGAGGGAAGAGGGAAUUUUUCUGUGAGAGCAAAUACCGGGUUGAGGCGUCCCUCAUUUUCCUCAAGUAUAGUAGAAUGUGUGAAUUGCGCAAGCCCGCUUGAAAAUAGCCGCGCGCGAGGAAGAUGACACGCGGAGGGAAGAAAGAAAUUUUGUCUAGCCCUAUACCGGUUAAACUACGAGUAGUCCCAAAAUUUUCAUCAGUGAAGGAUAUUAGAGCGAGCGAAGCACGCGAGCGCGCGUGAAAAUUUCUGCGCGCGAGAAAGGUCAAUAUUGAGUCCAACACUGAUAAUCACGUAUUGAUUUGUCAAUGAUCGCCCUAAAAUUGUGAGGUAAUUUACAAAUUCCUUCCCACCAAUUGAUGUUUCAUUGUGUCUUAGUUUCGUUUUAGUGACAAGCUAGAUGUUGUGUUGAUAACCCUGGGCACUUUAGCGGCAAUUGCUCAUGGAGCUGCGAUUCCCGUUCAGUUCCUUAUCUUUGGUGAUCUAAUCCAGAGCUUUAUCGAGUUUGAGCAAGCAUCAACCGGCAAUGCUACACAGACUUACGAUCUGAAUGGCGAGAUGACAAAAUUUGCUCUGUAUUAUGUUUACCUGGCGGCUGGUAACUUGGUCGUCGCGUAUGGACAGAUGGCGUUUUGGUCCCUAACUGCUACGCGGCAAGUAAAGAAAAUGCGUCUUGCUCUCUUCAGUUCCAUCUUGAAACAGGACAUUGGUUGGUUUGACACAUCUGAACCGGGAGAACUCAACAAUCGAUUUACUGAGUAAGUGUGCGCGCAACUACGUGGUCAGCCUAAGUAGUAAUGAUAAUAGCAGUAAAAUAAAAUCGAUUUUUUUUCAGGGAGGCAAUAUGCCAGGUUUGAUUUAGCGCGUUAUACUACUACAUGAGAAAUUUUUGUCAUUUGAUUGGCUUAGAGCAGUUGUAUUUCUGCUUAAUUUGAAAUACCUACAUGUGAAAAUUACAAACCUUUUGCGGGUAGUGGUAUAAACAAAUAAUAGCAGAAUUAAUACGUGAUAUUUGGCAUAAAUUCCACUCGUGAUAUUUCAAAAUUGUCUCAAAUUUCACUCCCCUAACGGUUUGUGAAAUUACGUAUAACAAUUUGAAGUAUCACUCGUGGUAUUUAUGCCAAAUAUCACUACAAAUCAUGCUAUAACCUAAACUAAUACCCUUUGAGGACACUGUUUUAUAUUCCCUAAAGGCAUUCGAGACUGGACGUUAUUUCUACAUAAAUGGUCAACGAAGCGGCGCAACCAUCCAGCGUCUCGUUGCUCGGCUGUAUAGUUCAUUUUUUAAUAGGGAGUUUAAGAUACACGACGCCGACAGCCACGAAAACGUCGCUAAAAAAGUGAAUUUGCGUUCUUUCAAUCUCUAUCCCGAUUACUCUAACUCAUUUACUGGCAAGCGAACUCUUUUUGAGCCGACCUCCUAAGAACCGUAUUCAAGUUCAGAAAAAGAAAGAAAAUUUAGCCGUCGCUUGUUUACAUCCUCCCUAAAACGUGAAAUAAGGCAAUUUCCCGUCGUAGCCGUGCAGUGACGGCAAAGAAAUGUACCAAAAUGCGUGAUGCACGUGCAGAGUUGUUGUUUUGCCUAUUCAACCUAUUGCUUUUUUUGACGUUCUCGUUGUCGUCGCCGUCGUGGCAUCUUAAAGUCCCCGUUAAGCAUUCUAAUUCGCUAUGGACUUUGAAAUUACUUGCCAAUGAUAAAAACACAGCUUCGUGUCAAACAAAAUUGUCUCCCAAGCAUAUCAUAUCAAACGUUACAAACUUCAAAAAUGAAUGUUAAAAAUCUGUUAGGCGAGCACGUUUUCAAAAACAACAAUUGCGUCCGUUUUAGGCUCCUUCAAUUUUGCCCAUCCGUGCUUCCUUUUGUAUUGGCCGCGUUAUUUAUAGAGUGUUUUCACUCACGUGCCCAGCAUCUAUGCAAAUUUGUUGGAACAAAAGAAAGUGUUUGCAUAAGAAAAGGGUUCAACUGCCAGAGGACCAGUUUCGGACACCAACAUGGCAGCCGUUUCAUUGUUUUGGGACACCAAUAUGGCUGCCGUGAUGUCAUAUGAAAACACUCUAUACCUUCUUAGAAUGUUUUGAGCGGUUAUUUUAUUGUUUCACGAAGCCGGAGAAAAAAGCCGACAUUUUGCGACGCCACCACUGGGUAGUGCUUCCGAUUGGUCGUGCCGCGUGGGAAAUGUACUUCAACCAAUCAAAAGCACUACCCAAGUCUAGGAAGUGAGGCGUCAUCAGUAUGGAAAAUCUGCAAUCGUUUCUCAGACGUAAUUUCGCGGGAAACCAGUGGUGACGUGGUGAAAUGUCGACUGUUUACUCAGGUUAUGGUUCACUCAGUCUGGUGGCGGUUCCCACAGUCCCACUGUUUGCAUUUACAUUUAUUUCCUAGUACUUAUGUUAUAGAUUCACCUUUACCUUUAGUGACUGACUUUUUGUACUGUUUCUUUUAUCCAGAGACUUGAAUCAAGUGUUUGAUGGAAUUGGGCACAAGAUCGGUAUGUUCGUGCACGCCAUAUCCAUAGUGUUAGCGGGCUUCGUCUUGGCGUUCGUGUAUGGAUGGAAGCUCACGUUGGUUCUGAUUUCUGUUACUCCAUUGCUGGUUGUUGCAGGUGGAAUUUUGGGAAAGGUAACUUCUUUUCUUUUGUGUAACUAAAUAAGGCACAAUCUAACUGGCACCAUUACAUUAAUUAAAAUGUGUAGUUGAAUUGCGUGUAUUUUAUUUCUCAACGAAGACGUGCCGGUGAAGAAAGCUAAAAUUACUGCAGAAGGCGAUUUUUCACAGCCCUCAUCAAAGCACCAUUCAUACGCGGCAGUGUGUUCUUAUAUGUUUCAACAAUCAUUAACUUAAUGUGGGGAGAAAGGCGAAAAAAAGCAGGCGAAAGGGUGUAAUUGCAGAAAAUGCAGUUUCACGCAAAAUCGACACUUAAUUAACCACUUUAUUCCUGAAACGAUCAAGUUUACUUACAGAGUUAUACUGUUGAGAAGAUUAAAAUAUCUAUAGGAUACUUGAUUAACGAAAAGUUACCAUUCUGACCUUUUCCUGCUGCUCAAAAAACGAGCGCGAAGUGUUGGGUCGUAACAACAUUCAGCCGCCAUCUCGUCUUCGAUCUACUGUUUUACGAAAGGAAAGACUUUCCUCUCAUGGGCGACAGCGACGCUUACGUCCGCAGAAAUGAACAAGAUGGGUUUCUUAUAGCAGGCGUCCCUAACUCUCUCUCCCCAAUCCCCUCCCUCGCUCCCUUGUUCCCAAUCCCCUACAAUUGUGUUGCUGAACGUAAUACUAACUGGAACUGCAAGUUUUCGUAAUUCCUUGUUGAUUAUUUUGAAUGUUUCAGGUGAUGGCAGCGUUUACAACUAAAGGGCUAGAUGCUUAUGCCAAAGCUGGGAGCGUAGCAGUAGAAGUAUUAUCAUCCAUAAGAACUGUUGCUGCCUUUGGAGGCGAAAAUAAAGAAAUUAAAAGGUGAACAGACAAGCAAAACUCUCACUCUUUGAAGGGUGUUCAUCGAUGACUGUAGCGUUGACGAUUGACCACCCUUUUGAAGUUACAAAUGCCAAAUUAUUCUGAUAUUUUAACAACUAGAGUAUGUUUCAAAUAAUAUUGUAUUAUAACAUUAGUUUUCGGGAAUCUUUUACAUCACGAAACGUAAUUUUUCAACCGAGUUAACCAUUAAGCACACUAACCAUCAUUUUCUUUGUAGUAAAUAUUUUUUAAUUUUUUUUUUCUUUCACCAAGGAGUUUCAUUUUCCUCCUUAUCUUUGCCCCUAUGUGACGCAAUUAGUCUCACUUGGGACACCUCUUAAAAGUUUCCAUCGACUUGCUUGUGUGACCAUAAUUGAUAAUAGCGUUUAACUUGAUUUCAGACCUUCGUGUAAAGCUCAGUUGAUAGCUGUCAAAACAGGGAAUACGCUAACCAGUAUCACAUUACUGCAUCCGCGGGCUCAGAUGGCAACUUCUCUAGGUCACUUGUUUUUGAAGUUUUCCGCGGACCAGUUAUUAGCUGUAAAUUUAUCACAGGCUCACUCCAAAUCUAUUUUUUUGGAGAGAAGGCCCUUUUUUUAUUCGUCCAAGUGAUUGCCGUUGCAGUGCAUUGACGUAAGCUCCGCUUUUAGCUCUGGUUACAUCUAUCUAUUAAAUUAUUAUAAAAAAAGGGAUUAAGAGCUCCCUUGUUUUUUUCUGGGUUCGGCACGUUUGCAAUUUUAUGCUAUACGUUUUCAAAUUUCAGGUAUUCGUCAUGUCUGGGAGAAGCACGAGACUUCGGUGUGAAGAUGGGUGUUUUGAUGGGUCUGGGAAUCGGCUUUCUUCAAAUUAUCAUUUACGGUAGCUACGCCCUGGCCUUCUGGUAAGUAUGUUAAAUUUUUGUUAUCUCUUUUAUCCCUUUCGAAAUUUAAUUAGGUCAGAUGUUAGGAAAGUUCUUGCUACUUCUCCUGGAAGUAGGGAGCUCUCAACCCACCUUGUGUUUCGAACAAAGAUGAGGGGAGGGUUAAGCUCCGUCGGGUACCUCUCUCCAGCUCCCGACCUAUCACUUAAACUCAUGAAAUACAAUGGUUAAACCUCCAUUAAGCGGCCACCAUAGGGGUACCGGUAAGAGCCCGUUUAAUGGAGGUUGGCCGCUCAAUAGAGGUUUGUCAUGAAUUAGCAUAAACUUAAGCAGAAAAAUCACUCGUAAUUCUUUUUCCUCUCUAUCUACAGGUACGGGGCAAAGUUGAUAAUAAAUCAGGAAAUGAACGGUGGAGACGUGCUCAUUGUAAGAGAAAUGAUGUGUUUAAUUAGAGAAAAAUUAGUUUAAUUAUUUAACGAGAUAGUUACCGUAGUUUCUGCUGUUGAUUCUGUGGACGAAAUCCUAUGACGCGACCCUUAAAAUUAAAACACUACAGCAAUGCUUCGACAUGGUGUUAUUUAAUUUGUUUUUUUAAUGCGCAUGUAGUUCUAACUUUUGUGUCUGUGGACAAAAUCGUAUAGUGCGCACAUUCAAAUGAAACCUCUGUCGCAGCUCUUUGUUUUCUGUAUGUUACGAAAUCAGAGUUUUUCUUUUCUUAUAAAAGUUAUAUACAUUUAGAGCAAUCUUAACUUGGGACUGAACAGGACGUGUCUCUACUGAUGUAUCGUGAUUAAUCAAGUGCUUGCUCAAGGCUUCGUUUUGCAAAUGCCAUGCUUGAAAAACAAAAAUUUUUACAUGUGCGUGUAAUAAUCUGUUUUCUGUUUUUUGUCUUUAGGUAUUUUUCUCCGUGGUGAUUGGUGCCAUGCAACUAGGUCAAGCAGGCCCUAACUUCCAAGCCAUAGUAACAGCACGAGGAGCAGCAUACAAAGUAUUUCUCAUAAUUGACAGGGUAAAAAGAUGUAUAUAUUGUUUAAAGGCAGUUUAGGACUAUUAUUCCACCCUUGCUUAGUGUUUGAAAUCCUCCGGUCAUAUUCUUGCUCUCCAGCUCUACUACCAAACAGAGCCUCCGCUGGAUCAUUAUUUUCUUUAAUUUUCCUUAUCUCAUUAGCUGGCGUUAGCUUGCAAUGAAGAAUUUACCGGGGGAAAUAUAUUAAUCAACGAGCUCUAUUAAUAAGUUGUUGCACUAACAGCCAGGUGCAACGACAGACGAUCACAGAAGAGACGGCAAUCAGGUCUACAAGUCAUAAAUGUUCAGAAGAAAAUAUGUUUACGUGGACAAAUACAUUGUAAAUUUAAAAAAAAAUACCCUAAAAAUGGGGCGCUUUGGGUGAGUUAAAUACAGUUCUUUUUUUGUGGUCUAAUUUGGCUCUCUUAUCCGGGUAAAUACAUUUCAGUCCAAUUACCUUGGGCUGAUUAGGACCCACGGACUGAAAUUAGUUCCAGAAUGGGCUGGAAUAGGCAUUCCGGCCCUGCUUGCCGUAGAGUCUCCAGUGGCUCAUUGGUUAGAGCAUCCGAACUUGAAGUCGUUGGAGGGUUGUCAGUUCGAUUCUCACUUGGAGCUCGUAAUUUUUCGCUGAGCUUUCUGGUAUCAGGAUUCUCCUUCUACCAAAUUAUAUUGUACAGUCUUGGUCUUUUACGCUGUUGGACGGCCGAUUUCUAGCAAGUCCCCGAUACAGUCCUCUAUGACCGGUGUAGUUAUAAUAAAAUUCCGAUCCUGCUCGCUAUAGUCUCUAGUGGCUCAGUGGUUAGAGCGUCCGAACUAGAACUCGGAGGGUCGUGAGUUCGAUUCUCAGCUGGAGGUCGGAAUUUUUUUCUGAGCUUUCUGGUACUAGGAUUCUCCUUCUUCCAAAUGAUAGUGUACAGUCUUGGUCUUGUACGCUGGUGGACAGCCGAUAUUUCGAGCAAGUCCUCGAUACAGUCCUCUAUGACCUGGUGUAGUUAUAAUUAAAUUCCGACCCUGCUCGCCAUAGCCUCUGGGGGCUCAGUGGUUAGAGCAGCCGAACUAGAACUCGGAAGUUCGUGAGUUCGAUUCUCACCUUUCUGCUAUCAGGAUUCUCCUUCUUCCAAAUUGGAUGUGGCUGUUUCGAAUUGUGCUCAAUUGGCUCCAGAAAAGGCUGAAUCCGUCAGAUUUGGGCCUGCAACUAAAAAAGCGUUUUCAGUGACGUGGUCAACAGCUUUGCAAAUUUAUCGUCACAAAAGGAAGUUUUUAUAUCAAAAGAAGGUUCAACUCCCACAGACUAAUUUAGAACACCAACAUGGCCGCCGUUUUAUUGUCUUGGGACACCAAUAUGUCGGACGUGACGUCAUGUAUAAGCGGUCUAUUGGCACAUAACCCUUUAAGCCCCAAUAUCCAAACACAAAUUCUCCAGACUGAUCUCCAUGCAUUUCCGUAAAGAAUUGGUUGAGAGAAUUUGUUUGCUGAUCAAAGCUUUUCCCAUCGGUGAUCAUUUCAGUAAUUCCCACAACAUUUUCUCUCGAUGAUGUAUAGAUGGCGUUAAGAGAAAAUUGACUUUGGUUGCUCCUUAGACGUAAAGGGUUAAGGGCUGAAACAGAUCUUUUUAAUUUUCAGUGUGGUUAUACAUGUGGAACUUGCUGACGCUCUUUUUUUGUUUUCUUUCACUCGCUAGGUUCCCCCAUUCGACUCCAGUUCCACUGAGGGAACAGUCAUCGAACAUGAAUCUUUUAAAGGAGAUAUAACUUUUAACAACAUCGAAUUUUCUUAUCCUUCGAGGCCAGACGUGAAGGUAUUUAAUAUGAAAUGGAGAAAGAUAGCUUACCAGUGUCUAUGAAUUUUUCAUUUAUCUUUCUUUCUCAGGUUAAUCAGCAGAUAUUAUUAAGAACUAAGGUGAAAUACGCGUAUAUGACCUUCAGGGCAUGUCCCCACUGGUCCAUUUAAAGUGAUUCCCUUGUUUUGCACUGCGUAUCGCCUACUGCGCAUAACACUGCGACGUCAAAGUUAGCGUCUUGUUAUUUAAGACUAUAUGGAUGGUUAGGGGGGACCUAUAUUGAAGCUGUGAAAAAUUGUUAAUGACUUCCGCACAGAAUUGACCUAAACCAGCAAUAUGCUCUUCACGCAUAGUCCCUUUAAGUUGUAAUCGCACCCGUGAACUAUAUAUUAGAACAGCUUCGCGAGAGUGGAUGAGUUCAUAAACGGAACAAUAUCACGCUCUCGUGGAGACAAACACGAAGACGAGUUUUGGUGCAGCAUUUGCAAACUUGUUCGGAUUUGUGUGGCGUAGCCUUAGUGACUUUUUCUCGUGCUUUGUUCCUUUAAGAUUUUGAAUGGUUUGAACCUGACUGUAGACAGCGGACAGACUGUUGCCUUAGUGGGUGAAAGUGGCUGCGGAAAGAGCACAGUGGUCAAGCUCGUGCAGAGGUUUUACGAUCCCAGUAGCGGUGAGGUAAGACGCUCCCCGCCCCCUUCCACCUUCUAACUCUUCAAAGUUUAGCUCUUAUCUGUGUUAUUAAAGGCUGGUAAAAUCAUAAAUAACUUCGUCUAGACUAUCCCCUGGUCGUAUUCUCAUGGCUUGAAGCUUUUCGUCAUUUGAUUUUCGGCAGUUGAGUGCCUUUAUAGCUUAUUCUUUGACCACAAUGGGAGUCUUCUUUUUCUCCGUAAGGAGAGGAUGUGACUGAAUGCUAACCCCCCCCCCCCCCCCCNAAAAAAAAAAAGAAACAAGGGCAAUGCCCGCAUCACCCUUAAUGAACAAGAGAAAGAUAAAGUCAGUCGUCAGUUAAUAUCAUUAUGAUUUGUGGCUCUGUGGUUUAAGACAACAAGGUCAUAAUAAACAUCUGCUUUAAACUUACUCGUGCGUUCUUCUGUAUAUACGUUUAAUUUGCUGCUCCUAUAUGCGAAGGUAUCUGUUGAUGGUCAUGACAUUCCCAGUCUGAACUUAAAGUGGUUGCGUGAGCACAUUGGGGUUGUAAGUCAAGAACCUGUUCUUUUCGACACAACAAUAGCAGAGAAUAUCAGGUACGGCAAGGAGGAUGUGACACAGGAAGAAAUAGAAAAAGCAACAAAGAUGGCGAAUGCCCAUGACUUUAUCAGGAGUCUUCCCAAGGUUAGUCGAUCUAGUUUGGGUACAUGUAAGAAACACUUAGCGCCUCUAUGAGGUACGUAAGUAGCCAACGGCUACCUGAUCUAGGUCCAGAGUCUAGAGUCUAGGUCUAGAGGUCUGGAGUACGUGCAAAAUGUAUGACCGUUUGGCUGUCUGCCUCGCUAGGAUACCUAGGACAAAAUGAAAAUUUCGCCCAACAAAAAUCUUGUGGUUUUCAUGUGACUUAUCGUGUAACGCGUAAUAAUGAUCACGUUUGAAAACUAAGGAAGGGAAAAUUGGUGACGAAUUUACCAUUCUCGUAAGCGAUCACUUUGAAAAUGACCGUGUUGUUUCCCAGUCAAAUACUGUUUUAGAAACUCUUUCGUAAGUGACCACUACUUAUCUGAAGUGUAACCUUCCAUUGACCUAAAGUACAUUUAGUUAUGCGAUUAUCAAGAUUCUGAUUAUUACUGUUGUUGUUGUUAUUUCUAUCAGGGCUAUGAUACUCUUGUUGGUGAAGGUGGUACUCAGUUAAGUGGAGGGCAGAAGCAGCGUAUCGCUAUUGCACGAGCCCUCGUAAAAGAUCCCAGGAUAUUGUUGUUGGAUGAAGCAACCUCGGCCUUGGACAGUGAAAGUGAAUCCAUUGUACAAGCUGCACUGGAUCGAGUAAGAAAUUUGCAUUCAGAUUCUUAACGUAUUACAAACAUUUUUGAGGUAUACUUAGUAAAUUUGAGUUUCCCAAUGAAAGUGUGUCCAGCGGAAAUCUUACUAAUAGUUAGAACACCAGUAAAACGGAACAGUUGUAAAAUGCCUUUAUUGGCUGAGGAUGCGUAAAAAAGAGAUUAGAAUUGGUUUAGUACAUAAACCCGAUUGCAGAACGUUUUUAAAUUUUAUUUGAAAUUGUGAUGUGUUUACACCGUGUUAAAGUCAAGUGCAACCUACAGAUAACUGGAGAUGAAAGCUGGUAUUUCGGAUUUUAGUCUCAAAACGCCAGGGUCGUACAACCAGCAAAGUUGAAACUAUGAAUACGGUCAACAAGUUGUUUUUUUGGUCAUCUUGGCGGACGCGCUAGGUUUGUGCUUACGGCUGUGAUUGAUUUGGAAAAGGUUAAUAAUCCCGAGAAUGCUAAUAAUAAUAAAUUAUUAUUACCAAUGUUAUCUCUUACAGGCACGUCAAGGUCGUACAACUAUUGUGAUUGCCCAUCGCCUCUCGACAGUCCAGAAUGCUGACUUAAUUGCAGUUAUUCAGGAAGGCAUGAUCGUCGAGAAAGGUAGUCAUGAUGAACUCAUGAAUAUUGAUGGACUAUAUCGACAGCUUGUUAUGCUUCAGGUAUGUAUGCCUUCAUUUAACUUAUAAAUGAUUUAAUUCAGGUUUCAUUUCAGAUGCCAAAAUCCAAAUCUGCAGAGCGAGUGAUGCAAUGGAACUCUAACGCGCCUGUACCGUACCGCUGAGUGAUAUCAGACUCUUAAGUGGAAAUUGUCGCUCACCCUUUCGACUAACUGAGUGUCGAACGCUGUGGGUGUUUAAAAUUUACAAUGUUUUCAGAACUAACUGAAGAAACGCUAAAACGCAUCGAGAGGCCUAAAUAUACGCUACUACGGCGUCUUGAUUUAGUUUUCUACUAUGAACAAUAAACAGAAAACGUAUUGAGACCUUUAAUAUCAAAAUGCUUCCAAACGAUGAUGAUGCGUUCCUUCCAUCUAUGUCUUCCACCGUUGGUAAUUUUUAAAACCAGAAUAUUCAACAUAGAUCAGGUAAGGUCGUUGGUUUGUCCAAAACCCAAACAAAUGGUCCUCGUAUUUUAAUGGAAGACUAUUCAGAACCACAGAGAAAAGCGAAAGGUGGAAAAUACGGAAACUUAUUGCACGGAGGCUGUCAUUAUAGUUCCUAAACGGCCACUUGAAUUACGGGCAGUUUCAGUAAAGUAUAAUUAUAUUCUUUCUUGCUACUGCUCAGCAACAGCUGAUAGUUGUUGCUUUCGUUAGUGUGACCAUGUCUUCCGUAAACUUUGAACCCGACCAUUUUAACGGCAUAACAUAUUCGCUGAGCCUCUGGAGUAUUUUUUUUUUGUAGAUUUUCAAGCAGGAGGAAGAAGGUAAAGAUAAGGACAAUGACGAUGAAAUUAAUGAACAGACGAAUUGUAGUGAAGGAAAGGGAGUGAGAACUUCAGGUUCGUUCAUCCGUAAUAUUUGACACUCGUCCCAUUAUCUACUGUCAAUAGUGGGUUUCUACCCAUAAGAGCUCAAAGCGUGACUGCGCAAGGGAAUAAUAAAGUGAUCGUUUUUGAUAAUAAGAUAUUAAUUUUAAUCUUCUUAUGGAUACGUUGGAAGAUAUAUUUUUCGACUCGGUAUCAGGUAGUGAGUACAAUUUUUACUCGAACACCUAAUUAAAUGACCACGGCCAAAACUUCUCAAGAAUAGAUAUGAAGCAAGGUGGUUACCAGUGCUUUGAUCAAGCAAGCUUGAUUUUUUACUUUUUUUUUUUCAUUUGCUUGCAGUGUCGUCAGCACCAGCCAACUACUUUCGUAGUGUUUCACGCAUGUCAAGCGAUAGUGAACGCGAAGGUCCUGUCCCAGGAAAGUUGAGAGCAGGUUCAAUGCUGGAUAAGGUAGAGGUAAACACUGCAUUAUGAAGGAUGCGUCAUGGUUGAAUAUGGCUGUUAAAAUUUUGAACCCAGGACCUGACUAUGAAAGAGUGACUGGACAACCGACAAUUUGACUAAAAAUAAACGACUGUUUGACUGUGCCAAUAGACGGAUCGAUCGAAACGCACCAGUGACAUAACUAGUCUCCAUAGCCAAUAACUGACAGACGACAAAUGACAUCAAGACUUUAUUGACCAAUCAGGUCAAUUUUUUUUAAUACCAUUAGCUGACGUGAUACAAUUCACUUUGACUCUGAAGAAGACCACCGCACAAGUUGCCGGACCGUCUGUCACUGGCAACAACAGGUCUAUUCAGGACUACGUUAACCCGGAUGAUCAUGCUCAACCUACGCAUGAUUAAGUAUGGAUGUAUGAAUCAAAUGGUGACGAGUGAAAUAAGGGAAUAAUUUCACACGCACUUUGUCCAAAUUCCAAUAAUUUCCCGAAUCUUCAGGCGCGAAGCGUUUUGCCAGCUCUCUUCUUCUUUUUUUUUUUACCUCUCGCCAAACAAACCGCUACCUACUGACGCCCGCUAAUUGUGCUUUCUGAGAAUUGCCUUGACCUUCGCAUGGCCUGGAAAGACACUCUCUCCUGUCUUUAGCGGCUAACUUAUAAAGCACUCCAUGCUAAAUAUCUUGACAUACAGAUAGAAGGGAUUUUAUAACUUAAAUAAUUAUUAUUUGGUGUCUUUGCCUUAGGAUAAGAAAGACAAAGGUGACGAAGAAAAGAUUUUAGAAGAAGAAGUGGAACCUGCUCCAUUUAUGCGCAUCUUGAAGUUGAACACUCCGGAAUGGCCUUACAUUUUCUUUGGAAGUUUUGCCGCCAUAAUCAAUGGCCUUUUACCACUUGCAUUUGCAUUACUCUUAUCCGAACUCCUC